AUGCGUUUCGGGGUGGAUCACCAGGAAAUUCAAGGGCUCUCGUUACACACGUGCCACCCUCCUUUCGAAGAAGAAGCACUGGCGUUGCGAACGUUUCAUCGGUUUUUCAUCACAGCUAUGGCAAGACCAAAGGUAUUUUUCGAUGUAACCAUCGGUGGCAAGGAGGCAGGACGCAUUGUAAUGGAAGUAAGUACAUGAAAUAGUGUUUAUAGUACAGUUCGGCAUACUUGUCACCGCAAACGUGAUCUGCUGCUUCAGCUGCUUUGCUAUGCAUAAUUUUUUAAGUUUACUUUCUUCUUGUCAUUAUUCGCAGCUCAGGGCAGAUGUGGUUCCAAAGACCGCAGGUUUGUGCAGCUUUUAGUGUUUUAGUUUCAUCUGUGGUAACAAGGCGUUGCGAGUACAGAUUUUAAUUUUAAUUUUUUGUACAUAAGCAUUGUCAUUCAGUUGCGCACGUAAGUUGAUCAUGAAGGAUGUCAAAUUUCAAAUUCAUGUCUUAGGGAAAUGAAAUGUUUUUGAGUAAAUGAUUUUACUUUAAUACAUCUUCAAGUCGUAUAUGUGUUUUUCACAGAAGGGACGUAAUCCCAUACGGUUUUACUGUCUGAUACAGUGAAAUGUAAGUUAACUUGAGCUACACAAGGACUUGGCUUAUAUUUUCGGACAAUUAAGUAAGAAUAGAUUAUGACAAAUCCGGCGUGGAUUUUCUGACAGGAAUGUGAUUUAGCUAUAUCGUUUGGUCGGUGGCGCUUUUCUAUCUGCCUGUUUUCUCCCCUAAGAGACAUUCUAUUUAAUAUAACCCCUCGCUUACGAAAUUUUGUGAAGAAGUAUACAAAAAAAAGAAUUACUGGAGAUUGAUGAGACUGAAGACCGUAUUUUUCUGUGGGGAAUUUGCCUGCGUGCAGACGUCUCCUAUUUCCUUUGUUGCACGCGGAAAAGGGACGUCUGCGUAACGCCGUCGCUAAUCGUGUUCCAGCGUCCUGCUGGGUUCCCAAGAUCUUGGGAACACGCUGUGAUAGGCUGACACACAGUACGCAUUGUUUGACUUAACGCGGAUUGGUUGUUAUCGAAUGUGGUCUGAUAAUGUAUGCGGUGAUUUAAAUGAUUUAUGUAAGGGGGGUUUUCUAACCAAAACGAAUCAAAACAUGUGCGAUUGUGUGCAGUGUUUUUCGUCGAUCAAAAAGCAGAGCGAUCGAAAUCUUGUGCGGGGACGCGGAAAAUUUAACGUGUACGAGGAAAUUAUUUCUUUACAAUUUACUGUGCAUGACACAUCACAUCAUAUUUGUAAACAGUGGCUGAGAAAACUACAAAAGCGGCGUGGACUUCGCAUCAGGCAGGCAUUUCGGAGAAAGCCAGCCAAAGAAACUAAAAUCUUUAUUUAGCCGUAACAAACACAGGUCAAGAAAAUUUAACCACUUUACAACUGCAUCUGAAAUCAAAUCCUAUCGGGAACACCCACAGAAGCAUAAACCACAGGAAAUGAUUACUCAGUAUGCAUGUAACAAACCUGCUUCAUGACCUCUAAAUGGAAGACUUAGCGCGGCAAAAAUGAGAUUUACUCAGUCAAAGGUUAGAAUGCUACAUGCACUGUGUAAUGCUAGUAAUCUUCGCGCGAGAGAGAAAAGAAGAAAAACCUCUGUGCAAGCAGACUCUCAAGGUCACGUUUCGCCCGUAUCACGAGCUUAUGAUGUUUUGUUUGGCCUGUCAACUCUUAUUUCUAGCCGGAUAUUAUUUCACAAUUUAUGCGAAAUAGAAUACCCUGCCAGCGGGAUGCUGGAACACGAUUAGCGACGGCGUUACGCAGACGUCCCUUUUCCGCGUGCAACAAAGGAAAUAGGAGACGUCUGCACGCAGGCAAUGGGGAAUUAGCAGAAAAGCAAAAAUUUAUGAGGGAGCAGAUUUUUUUAGGGUAUAAAGAAGCAGAAAAGAAAAAUUUUCUUAAAGCUGCUAUAUUCCUAGGGCAAAUUUUCUGAGUGAAUGUAUGUUCAUCAGUGAACUUUACUGAGGGCUUUGGGGGAAAAAGAGCAUUUAUUUGGUUAUUUACCAUUUAGGUCUUUCACUCAAUAUUGAGCAUUUUAGACCGCUCUAGAAAAAAAAUGACAAAAAAAAAGAAAGGAAAACAUAAGUGACAGAUAGAAAUGAUGCUUAUGAGCGCAAAGUAAUAAAAGUGUCAAUAAAUGUUUGAAAUUGCAUUUUUAAAAGCAGCCAGCGAAUUAGACAAUGCUAUAUCCCUUGGGAGUUUGUUCCAUUCUGUAAUUGUCCUUGGGUAGAAGGAAUAUUUUGUAGUAAUCCCUAAUGGCUGUUGGCUGUGUGUAAGAGUACUCUAUGGAACAAGUUGAGUAAGAAUGGCCAGCUAAAUGUAGACUGGUAUCUUUGUGAGAGACUAGUCUGUGUCGCAUUUUAUACAGUAUAGAUAGGCAUGCUAUGGUUCGCCUACUUUCUAGUGUCUUCCAUUUCAGGGUUGAAAGCAUUUCAGUUACAUUGUCUUUGCGGUCGAAGUGAUUUAAAACCCAGUGUGCAGCUCUAUCUCAACGGUGUUUGUGUUUUUAUCUGUAUGUGGAUCCCAUGCAGAUGAACAGUAUUCCAGAGUUGGGUGCACUAGGGCCUUGUAUGCUGUUUCCUUAGUCCUGGGUGGGCAAUGUAUUGAGUUGCGCUUUAGAAAGCCAAGAGUUUUGUUAGCUUUGUUUGAGAUGGUUUUAAUAUGUUCGUUCCAGUGGAGGUCGUCAGAUAGGUAGACACACUGAAGGUAUUUGACUGAAUGCAGAGGGUCCAAGACUUGUCCUUUAAGCAUAUAGACAUGAACAUAUGGAUGACACUUUCUUGUGAUGUGUAAAACUUUACUUUUUGAAGUAUGGAACUCCGUCUUUCAAUCUGAUUUCCACUUUUCCAGAUUAAGGAGAUCCUUGUUGUAACUGGAUGCAAUCAUUCUUGGACUCGAUGGCUAAAUAGAUCAUGGUGUCAUCUGCGAAAAGACAAACUUUAGUUUUAACAUACUGGGGGAGGUCGUUUAUAUAAGCCAAGAAUAAAAUGGGACCUAAAACAGAGCCCUGUGGGACUGGUCGUAGUAGUAAAAUGACACCAUCGUGCAAAUGGCCUAUUGUGACAUGUGCCAAGAGUUAAGUUUGAAACGUGCUCACAAUCAGCUAGGUUGCAAACACAUCUCUCUGAUCUUAAUAAUUCUUUUCUUCUGUAUUUGCCUUACCUACAGUACAUCACUUUCCAGUGGAAACUUCUAGUUAAAUAAUUCUAUGAAUUCAAUUUGCAGAGAAUUUCCGUGCAUUGUGCACCGGUGAAAAGGGAUUUGGUUAUAAGGGAAGCAAGUUCCAUCGAGUGAUCCCAGGUUUUAUGUGCCAGGUAGUAACUUGAACAGUAAUAAUAAUAUUAAAACACCAUUGCAUGAAUCUGAAUGCAGUGGGAAGUACAUCAAACCCUAAUCUUAGCCAAUCAGAGCAGAACUGUUUCUGACAAUUGUUUGUGGGCCAGUAAGAAAAAAAAACAGAUUCUGGUAUUUUUACUUAACAUCUGACCAAUAAGUUAGCCUUCAAACCUCAGAAGUACAUUGAUCAUGGGCAUCAUCUUGAAAAGCCAAGAAAAAGACCACUUGCCCCAACUCUCUGGUAGUAUUAAUGCCCAAGAUGGCAGGAUAGCAUUAUUCCUGUAUCAUGCUCUCUUCUCAAAAGACACAAGUUGUGGUUAUACACACCAUGGUUAAAAGGCAUUUCCCACGGUGAAAGUGUCCUGUGUAACCUCACCUAUAGAAAUACUUUAAGAGAGGGAAUGAUCCUAGGGCCAGGCAAUGUCAGCAUUUUAAUGCCUAAUAAUUUGAUACAAAACAGUAAUAUAAAAACUUGAAAAUACAAGAAAGGAGUUUUUCAUACUCAUUGGCCUUUUAGUGCUGAUUGUUCAUCCUAUUUUUUUCUCAAUAUCCCAACGAAUCCCAUAAUUUUACACUGGUAGUUUUAGCGAUAUAAUCAAAACACUGGGACUUUUGAUUAUUCCAAACAGGGCGGUGAUUUUACGAGAGGAAAUGGGACUGGUGGCAAGUCCAUCUACGGAGAAAAAUUUGCUGAUGAAAACUUCCAACUGAAGCAUACUGGACCGGGUAAGAGUUAUAAGACAUUUUAUGCCCUUUCAACAUUCUCUGGUUCUCUCAUUGCCUGCAGCAACAAACAGGAAAUUACCUUAUUUUGGCUCUGUGUGAGGCCAGAGUACUGAAAUUAAUAUGAUUAUGUAAAGUAAUUAACCCUUUCACUCCUGUCACCGGCCAAUGUCACCAUUCCUGAACCGGCCAAAAUCGGCGGUUCAAAAUGCCUUUGUUUGAGACUUCCCUCCCCUCCAUAAGGGGCGAAUAUGAGCUAAACAAAAAUACAGCUAUUGUUCUUUAGCUAUCGGCCAAUCAUAUUACAAGUGCUGUGCAUAAGAAAAGCCUCCCUGGGCUGGGAGAGAGGGAUGCGAAUUUCGUUUGGCGAGCGACGACUGCAGACUUCAGAGUGCCGAGUCACGAGGCAACAAUUUUGUGAAAUCUUCUGAAAAGUAUCCCUUUUCCUUAACUUUAAUGCUUAUAAAAGUGUUGCAAUAGUUUUCAGAGUAUUUCACAACAUUAUUUGCCUUGUUAAGUUGCAAUUCUACUUUUGUUGAGCACCAAAAAUUUUGCUUUCGUUCGCAAGAAUUAUAGAAAAUGGUGCGGCAACAGGAAGUAACAAUCGAUGAAUUCAGAGCGAUUUUCGGAGAUUCUGACAAAGACUGCAAGAAUAUUGAUGGAGUUAAUUCUGACAUCGAUUUGGAAGGUAUUGAAGGAGAUGCUGAGGAAAAUGAUGAAGAAGACAACCAUCAAACCGGCAGUGAAAGUGCCGAUUGCGACAAAGAUCUUGAAGAAGCGUGGUGGACAGCAGAGCUCCAUGACAUCGAUGUGAACGUACCGUAUUUAUUCGGCUAUAAGCCAAGGGAUUUUUACAUAAAUUAAAGCUAAAGUUCAGUGAAAUUUGAGCCCAAGAGGGGUUCUCAGCUUAUAGCUAAGAGUUUUUGACCAAAAUAUUUUUUUCAGUGCAUAGAAACGCUACUAAAUGGGGAUGUAUUCACUUAUAAGCUGAGCAAAUGGCAGCAAACAGUCGAAUCGAUCACGAAACUACAAAUCUGAAUGUUAAGUUAACUAAGCACAGUUAGGGGAACCCCUUUUUUGAAAAAGGCCCCCCUAAAAUUACAGACGGGGGCCCAUUUGACCCUGACAGGCCACUUUGUAGAAUAAACCCUGAUAAAGGUGUGGAUGGCGGCUGAUGCCUCAAAUGGCUACAUUGUAAAUUUCUCUGUUUACUUAGGAAGCGAAGGGAAGAAUAGGCAAAGUCACGGCCUGGGAUAUGAUAUAGUGAUGAAAAUGGCCCGUUCCUUUCUCAAUGGCAAUCGUCAUCUUUUCUUUGAUAAGUGUUUUUCAAGUCCUAUUCUUUUAGACCAUUUACUCGACCAACAAACAUAUGCUCAUUCGACUGUGUGGUGCACACGCAAAGACCUGCCCCCAUGCACUAAAAACAAACUUCGCCAGCUUGGAGAAACAGUCAUUUGGCAAAGAGAAAGCCUCCUUUUUACAAAUGGCAAAAUAAAAGGGAUUUAGCAUUAAUUUUUGGUCUACCCACGUGUCACCAAAUGAGCUGCCUCAGGGCUCAAAGUUAGCGACUAACUGGUCGCAUAUGUGACUGGAUUUUUGGUUGUGCGCCUAAAAAUUCAUGUGUAAUCGCACCUGUGCGCCGUAAAACCCAAAGCACAGUGCGACUGACUUCCGACUAUACUUACGAACUCGAACUAGAAAGACGGUGUAUGUUUAAUUUGUCUUUUCUCCCAAUGGAUUCUACGAACUCGAAUGUUCUUUUUCGUUUCGAUGUUUUCCUCCAUCCCAGACUCUUCUGUUUUGUAAUAAACACCGCUGACACAUGCAAAUACAGUCGACUCCCAAUAACUCGAACCCUCGCUAACUAGAACCUGGCGCUAACUCGAACCAAAAUCGAUUUCCCCUGGAUUUCCGCCAUACAUUCACUGUAAUUUUACCUUCGGUAACUCGAACCCUCGAUAACUCGAACUCCCACUAACUCAAACCAAUUUUCCUUUCCCCUCAGGUCAUUUUCUAUAUAAUUUUACCCUCAAUUGACGUGUUGUAGGAGUAUAGUUUACUAGUGGAGGCUGAUAUUGAUUGUCACAGGCUAACGUGAAGCAGCUUUACUUCUCAAAACAGUAAAACGCAUGCUCUGUUUAGGCUAUGGUUUGUUUUGUUACGUUCUGAUUUAUAAUCUAGAAGUAUCUUUUAAUUUUCACUUGACAUUUCUGCAACUAAAUGUGAUUGAAAUGUUCACUGUGCAAUAAAAACUGUUUUUUACCUUACUCUCGGCUAUUUUCGUCGAGCUCCCAAUAACUCGAACUCCCGAUAACUCAAACUUUUUUCAAUUUCCCUUGAAGGUUCGAGUUAUCGGGAGUCGACUGUAUAUGCUACAAACGAAACACGUACUUUUUGCGCAAUGGACGAUCAUGUCGAACGUUCAGUUUUAACGUCAAUCAAAACAAAAACAGUGCGGAUUAAGAGCCUUUUUUUCCAGGUAAGAAAGUUUUUUAAGUCGUAUUCCAGUUACAUGUAAGUCAUUGUGCAUUUAACAAAUUCAUUAAAGAUUAAUUUUCAUUCUCGUUCCACACACUCAUUGUUGUUAGUUUUUAAUUAUUUUUCAAGUGUAAGUUUUCUUAAGUCACAACUGUACUGUCAAAAAGAGAAAUUAGUAUUAAGAAUCACAAUGGUAUUACUGCGUAGCAAAUCGGCUGUGUGUUAUCAAUCACAGGACUGAAGUAAAAGUAACAAACUGAAGUUGACAAAUAAACGUGGCACUGUUUCGCUUUUUACUCUUUCUUUUGAAAUAGAUGCUCCCAACAGCUGUGCUUCUAAAAUUUUCAGCUGUGCGCCUAAAAUUUCGGCAGUGCGCCUAAAAAUUUACAUCUGGUAGCACAAGUGCUCCCAAACUGAAAUUUAAACUUUGAGCCCAGUGCCUUGGAUGGUGCAACAUACACAAAACAGGCAAAAUGUUCAAAUUGGGAAGCUAUUUGUCUCUGAUGUGUACACCAAAAAUAUGGGUGGUGUUGAUCGAGCAGAUCAAUUAUGAUCUUCCUACAUGGACGGACGACAGUCAAGAAAGCGGUAUUGAUGUAUCUUUUGGGAGGAAGAAAAAAGAAAUUUGUCUUGUGCAAAACUACUGGGAGGAAAACUCCGAAAGGAUAUUCAGUUGCAACAAGGAAUAAGUGUUGACAUUGUGAUGUUGCAUUAUGCAAAGUGCAGUGCUUCAUUGAUUACCACAGUGCAGACACUUGAACUAAAAUCCUUUUGACAAUUACUUAGCUUUUCAUUUGAGAGAAGAAUAGUAGGGAUUGUAAAAUUUCAUUUAUUUGCCUGUUUUUAAAUGUACUGUAAUAAAAUAAUUGUUAUUUUUUGUUAAUUUUACCCUGCGCUCAUUUAGCAGAAAUGGUGUCAAAUUCGAAUUUUUUUUUAACGCAUGAAGUUUUUGAGUGCUGUUACUCAAACAGCAAUAAUUGUCGUAUGUUUACAAUAUUAUUAUUCUUUUGUUAGAAAGAAACAUUAUUUCAAGUUCAAUUUUAGCUUAUUCUGUCUACAAGGACUCUAAAUUCUACUGAGCAUGUAUGGUUUGGAUUUUGGUCAAUAUUUUUUGCGAGUGUCCUAAUUGGCUCCAGGGAUAGCAAGGCACUCGGGCUCAGACACCUCCCAGGAGUGAAAGGGUUAAUAAUCCUUAUACAAAAUGCGCUUUUUUUCACCAAAAUUUGUUUCAAAAUUCAAGGUAUAUAUUGCAAUAUUGCAACUCCAAAUCUUGGGAUCCUGUGGUUAUUGGUUAUCUUGUUAGCCUUCCCGCAGACGUCCUUUGGGGUUCGCUUGUCACGCAUUCUUUUUUCCCCCCCGUGGGGGAGAAAUGAAUGCGUGACAAACGAACCCCAAAGGACAUCUGCGGGGAGGCUAUUAUCUUGUGGCAUAUUCCUGACUUAAUUUUUUAAGAAUGUCUGUGUCAAGGAUUUAUGAAAACUUUGUUGAAGAUGUAUGUCUCUCAAUUUUACUUUCUUUCCUCUCCAGGAAUUUUAUCUAUGGCCAAUGCUGGUCCCAACACAAAUGGAUCUCAAUUUUUCCUUUGUACUGCUAAAACUACAUGGCUGGAUGGUAAACAUGUGGUGUUUGGAAGUGUUACUGACGGGAUGGAUGUUGUCAAAAAAAUUGAGUCAUUUGGUAGUGACAGUGGCAAGACAAGCAAGUCUGUGGUGAUAGAGAAUUGUGGGCAGUUGUAG